UAGCAAACUCAGUCUUGUCUGAGACAGACUUUAGUUAAGUUGUGUGGUUCCAUUAUUCGUAAAUUAUUAGUAUAUCUAAAUUGAAAUUUAUCCAGUUCAAAUCAGUUUUAGAGAUAAAUUAGGCCAAUAAUGUCCAGUAUACGAUUUACGAGUUUGUUGUGUCGACCACUUUUUAUUAAUGGUAAAAUCAUUAGACAGUUCUCGAGUCAGCGAGCACCAAAAAUUCUAAUCACAGGAGGUUUGGGACAACUUGGAACACAAUGCGCACGCUUGUUGCGUUCAAAAUAUGGAAAGAACAAUGUAAUUCUUUCUGAUAUAAUUAAACCUAAAGAAGAGAUUGUAGAAGAGGGACCAUACAUUUUUGCUGAUAUUUUGGAUUUUAAAGGGCUCCAAAAAGCUGUCGUCACGCACAGAAUUGAUUGGAUUAUACAUUUGUCAGCUCUUUUAAGUGCAAUUGGAGAACAAAAUGUUUCACUAGCGGUUCGUGUCAAUAUUGAAGGCAUGCACAAUGUUCUUGAAUUAGCAAAGCAAUAUAAAUUGAGAAUUUUUGUGCCAUCAACAAUUGGAGCUUUUGGACCAGAUUCGCCACGAAAUCCAACACCCAAUUUAACUAUCCAGAGACCUCGUACUAUUUAUGGGGUCAGUAAAGUUCAUGCAGAACUAAUGGGAGAAUACUAUCACCAUAAAUUUGGAACAGAUUUUCGUUGUUUGAGAUUCCCAGGAGUAAUCAGUGCUGAUGAACCAGGUGGUGGAACUACAGAUUAUGCAGUUGCUAUUUUCUACGAUGCUUUAAGAAGGGGACAAUAUAAUUGUUACCUCAAACCAGACACUAUGCUGCCAAUGAUUCAUAUUAAGGAUUGCUUGAGAUCAUUAUUGGAAUUUAUGACUGCUCCUGAAGAAAGUUUAAAGCAUCGUUGUUACAAUGUCACUGCCAUGAGUUUUACUCCAGAAGAACUUGCUGAAAAAAUUUCCAAAUAUAUUCCGGAAUUGAAAAUGUCUUACAACAUAGACAGCAGACAACUUAUUGCGGAUGAUUGGCCACAAGUAUUUGAUGAUUCAGAAGCAAGAAAAGAUUGGGGUUGGAAGCAUGAAUAUGAUUUGGAUAAACUUGUCGAAGAUAUAUUGCAGCAAGUUAGGGGGAGAAUAAGGGCUUGAUAAAAAUUGCAUUUGAAAAAAUUCCUAGAAAUUGCGAUUGAAAUUUAAUGCAUUUCUUAAAACAAAAACUAGGUAAAUGUAGAAAAUUAACAUUCUUUGAUAAACAAACAUCCUUAAACACUUUAAAUCUUUUCAAUAACCAACAAUCUCGAAAUGUCAACUUGGGUUAACUCCAUUAUAUUAUUUCAGUUGCAUUUGCAUUUUACUUUAUGAUAUUAUGUAAACUAUUACAGCAAAAUAUGUUCUUAUUAUUAACUACAGUUAAAUUUUUGAAGAAAAAAAAUCGUGAUUUCAAAAUUAUUUUUAUUUUUUAAAACACAGAAAAAAAGAAAACGAC